CGUGCCAGGAGCCGCCAGCACCGAUCGGCGCCGCCGCCCCCCCCGCCGCGGGUCCCGGAGCUGUGCGGGGCCGGGAGAGGCGACCCCGGCAUCUCCCCGUGCGUCCAUCCCGGGUGUCCCACCUGUCCCAGGUGCGCCGGAGCCCGGGCGAGCUCCGGCAACGCCCCGAACGCCGGGACUCCCUUGAUCCCCCCCAUCCCGGAGCACCGGAACCCCCAGAACCCCCGGACCGCCGGGACCUCGGGACCUCUCGGGACCCCCGGGACCCCCGCCCAUGUUCCGGCGGGACGAGCGCAGCCGCGCCACGGUGGCGCGGGGCUCAGCGCUGGACAUGGAAUUGCGCCGGGGCUGCUGCUGCCCCCCGGCCCCGGCCUCGCAGGAACCAGAGCUGCAGCGGGCUCUGGAGCGGGCACUGCGGGUGCGGGAGGGGGCUCGGCGGCUUCUCCCCGCCUGCAGCCGCCCCGAGCAGGCUCUGGAGACCACCAAGACCCUGGUGCUGUGCGAUGCCAGGGUGGUCGCGGCGGGGGGAGAGCUGCAGCGGCGCCAGGAAGCCCGGCUGAGGGGGGCCAGGCGCCCCUCGGACGCCGGGCCCGGGGUUGAGCGGGUGCCGUGCCGGGGCACCGUGUGCAUCUCAGAUUUGCGCAUCCCGCUGAUGUGGAAGGACACCGAGUACUUUAGGAACAAGGGGGAGCUGCACCGCUGCGCCGUGUUCCUGCUGCUGCAGGUGGGGGCUGAGAUCCACGACACCCCCACGGUGCUGGUGGACCGGACCCUCACCGACAUCUGCUUCGAGGGAGCCGUGCUCUUCUCGGAGGCGGGUCCCGAUUUCGAGCUGAAGGUGGAGCUGUACAGCGCGGGGCUGCCCGGAGCGGGGGCGCAGGGCAGCACCCCCAAAAAGCUGGCGACGCGUCUGAGCACGUCCCUGGGCCGCUCCUCCGGCCGCCGGGCACGGGCUGCCAUGGAGGGGGGGCCCGGCAGCCCCCCGGGCACCGGCGGCACCGGGGCACUGCUGCUGCCCCCGCCCGGCGUGCCGUGUCCCCGGUUCCAGCUCCUGGCCCACGCCGCGCUGUCCCUGGCGCAGGUGCACGAUGGCUUCCGCACCCACGACCUGGUCAUCGCUGCUGACGAGCAGAGCCCCUGCUGGGUGCCUCUCUAUGGCCGCAUGUGCUGCCGCCUGGCGGCCAGGCCGAGCUGCAUGGACACCCCCGCGGCGACAGGGACACUGCGGCUGCAGGCUCCAGGGGCUGAGGGGCCGAGCGGGCCCCCCCUGUUCUGCGUCCUGCGGGGUCCUGGGCUGCUCUGCUACAGCAGCGCUGGCGAGGCCGAGGAGGGGCGGGAGCCCACCCUCACCAUCGCUGUCACCAAGGACACGCGGGUGCGCGCGGUGGAGCCGGGGGGCCGCGGGCAGCCCCCCGGGGUGGCUGUCACCAACCGGCUGGGCGGGGAGGAGGUGACACACGCGCUGCUGGCCGAGAGCGCGGCCGAGGCACAGCGCUGGCUCCAGGCCUUUGGGCAGCACCUCUACGACCUGGCCCAGUGGAAGCAGUGCUGUGAGGAGCUGAUGAGGAUCGAGGAGCCCCCCCCGCGCCGCCCCCCGGCCCCGCUGCCCCCCCAGGGCUCUCUGUACCACCAGACGGCUAUUGACCCCUCGGAUGACAUCGCGGCGGUGACCGACAUCCUGACACGGCACGGGGGGGCUCCCCGUGCUCCGGGCCCCCCCCCGUGGCUGUCACUGUUUGAGGGGCCCCCCCUGCGCAGCCCCAGCCCCCCCCGGCGGGGCCGACCCCGCACUCUGUCCCUCGAUGCCCGGCUCGGCACCCUGAAGGGCCGGGGGGGCCCCCCAAAACCUCCCCACUCCAGCUCCUCCAGCAGCGGCAGCAGCAGCCCAGGACCCCCCCAGCGUGACCCCCCCAGAGCCCUCCAGUCCCGGGUGUGACCCCCAGCACUUAGGGGGGGAUGUGGGGAUGGACCCCCCCCUUGUUUGGGGGGGUGAGGGCUCCUGGCUUCUGUUUUUGGGGAGAAACUGGAAUUUCUGCCCCUCCCCGUGCUGGGGGGUGGGCUCAGGGCUAAACUCCAAAAAAAGGGGGGGGGUUUCUUUUCCCCCCCCACCACAGGGUGGGUGCUCAGGGUCUAACCCGGGGGGGGACACAGAGCCCCCCCCCCCAGCUCUGCUUUCCCUCACCUCUAACCCGGGGGGGGACACACAGCCCCCCCGGCAGGCCCCCCCUCAUUAAUAAUAUUCACUAAUAAUUUGCAUUAAAAUUUAUUUAACA